UCCACAUAUUACAUAUACCACAUACAUAGUUCAACAGCAUUCUUAUGCAGUCUUAUUACAACCCCCUUUCCACCAUAAUUCUCUCUAUUUUAUCUUUUUUUUUCUUCUGAAAAUAAAAAUGGGCAGAGUAUUUAUUCAGGAGUUUAGCUUUCUUCUUCUUGUUGUGGUUUUAGCAGUGUUUAGCUCAUAUGAAGCAAAUGCUGCAGUAGAGAGAUGUGAUUUAUUUGAAGGAAAUUGGGUUGUUGAUAAUUCAUAUCCAUUGUAUAAUUCAACAGCUUGUCCAUUCAUAAGGAGGGAAUUUGAUUGCAUUAAAUAUGGCAGAAGCAAUCUUGAAUACCUCAAAUAUAGAUGGCAGCCCAAUGGCUGUGUCUUGCCCAGAUUUGAUGGCAAAGAGUUUUUGACAAAAUUCAAGGAAAAAAAGAUUAUGUAUGUUGGGGAUUCUUUGAGCCUUAACAGUUUUGAAUCCCUUCUGUGUUUGCUUCAUGCUGCAGUCCCAGAAGCAAAAUUCAAACAAGACAUUACUAGGGAAAAUGUCACUGUCACAUUUCCGGAUUAUGGAGUUCAAGUGGUAUUAUUUCAUUCGAACUUUUUAGUAGACAUUGAAGCUGAACCUGUUGGACGAGUGUUGAAACUCGAUUCAAUUAAGAAUGGACAGAUUUGGAAGGAAUUUGACCUUUUAAUAUUCAAUACUUGGCUUUGGUAUACAAGAACAGGACCGGGAAAACAGUGGGAUUUUGUUGAAUUUGAUGGCAAAAUAUUGAAGGACAUGGACCGGGUACAAGCUUUCCAGGCUGGGCUAAAUACAUGGGCCAAAUGGGUUGAAACAGAUGUGGAUACAACCAAAACCAAAGUUUUCUUUCAAGGAACAUCUCCAGCCCAUUACCAUGGAUCAGAUUGGGGUGAACCUGCUGUGAACAAUUGCUUGAAUGAAAUAACGCCAGUGAAUGGAUCAUCAUACCCAAGCGGCUUACCAGUUGCUGUGAACAUAGUGAAAGAAGUAUUGAAGAACAUGUCAAAGCCAGUAGUAAAUUUACUUGACAUAACAAAACUCUCACAGCUGAGAAAAGAUGGACAUCCCAGCAAAUUCAAUGGUUUCAAAGGCAUGGAUUGUACUCAUUGGUGCCUUGCUGGAGUUCCUGAUACUUGGAAUCAGAUUCUUUAUGCUUCUCUCCAUUAAUUAUUUACUUUUCUAUAGAAAAUAUAUAGGAAGUUCAUGGGGUAGAAUGAUUAAAGAAAUAGAAAUACAUGGAGAAAUUAAUAAUGCUUUUGUUACCAUAGUGGAAUAUAUAUAUGCCAUUGUGCAAUUUUUCUUUUACUUAAAUAAGAUGAGUUAUUAUAACUUAGUCCAU